AUGAGAUGGUUUCGUUUUCCCUGGUUAAGGAGAGAGACCGCACAGACUGAGACCAGCCCACUCAAACCAAAGACAGACACAGAUAGAGAGUUGUCAGGAGUCCUUCAGGGGAGUGAGGACAGCAGCACAGAAGAACAGGCUCCAGAACCAGGACCUAAUGAUGGACCAGAGAACCAGGGUAGAACCAGGGAGGUAGAACCCAGAGCCCAUAGCAGGCCCUUCUCCCUGAGCGACUGCCUUCUCAAGUACCUCCUGUUCUUCAGCAACCUCCUCUUCACGGUGCUAGGCCUGUUGGUCCUGGCCCUGGGUCUGUGGGGGCUCAUCGACAAGGAAUCCUUCGCUCAGGAGAAAAUAGGACAGAUCAGCACCGACCCCAUGCUGGUGUUUGUGAUGCUGGGCUUGGUGCUGUCCACCCUCUGCCUGUCAGGCUGUGUGGGGGCUCUGAGAGAGAACUGCUGCCUGCUCCAGGUCUUCUCAGCCACGGUGCUGGUCCUAGUAGUAGCCUAGGUCCUAGCGGCCAUCUUGGCCUACAGCCUGCAGGGACAGAUAGAGGGAUACCUGAGGUCAGGUAUGCUGGCUGCCAUGGUGCGUUACCAGGAUGACCUGGACCUGAGGUUCAUCACAGAUGAGAUCCAGAUAGGACUGCAGUGCUGCGGGGCCAACAACUACAGAGACUGGCAGGUCAACAUGUGAGUGAGAUGUGACUGACCAGACCACUGACAUGAUGACUUGUGAUGACAUGGUUCAUUGACUGACACACAGCCUUGUGAACUGAUGUCUGUCAAUGGGGGUUGUUAGGGUUUCAUCAUUUUGAUAAUUUUGAUAGUUUGAUAGUUUUGAUAGUUUUAAAAGAUAAUUUAUCUCAGAGAAUAAC